GUGAGUUAUGGCAAGUGUGCACCCAAGUAAUCACCACAGUCAAGAUACAGUGCAUUCCAAUAAUCUCAGAAAAUCCCCUAAAACCUUUCCCAGACCCAAGCUCCAGGCAACCACUAAUCUUCCUUCUGUCACUAUAGAUUGGUUUGACUCUUCUAGAACAUCACAUAGAAAUGGAAGCAAACAAUGUGUAUAGUCUUUUAUGUCUUCCUUCUACAUGCUGACGAAUUCCAUUUAUUUACUAAAUUACAGCAUUGGAGAAAUGUCAGCCCAAGGCAGGCUUUGGUGGCUCCUGGGAAUGGCAGACACUGUCAGUGCUCCCCUUCCUCUGGCCCCCCAUAUCCAUUGCGCUUACACUGCGGUGCCCUGCACCUGCCUCAGGACUUUCUCUGGCCGCUAAAGCCUGCUUUGCUGACUUCUCCACAAGCUGGAAUGAAUCCCCCAGGAGCAGUGGCAAGUGGGAGUGGUGUAUUAAUCCCCAGCUCCCCUGCCUUCUUGUGGGGCUGGGGGUCACUCAGAGGUACCCGUCUAUACAAGUUUCUCAGGGUUUUCUAGAGUUUCCCCUCAAGACUGAGCUGCAGUCAUCCACAUAACUCCUUGAGCACACACCCUCUCUGGGCUGCUUCACUUCCACACCUCACCUCCCCACUUCCUAACGCCCCCUCAUGAGUUCAACUGCUUGAACUUGAAUCCUUGUCUCGGGUUCUCCAUCUGGGGUUGCACACUCAAGACACUGGGAAAGAUAUAGGGUUCAGACAAGAGGCCACUGGCUGCUGUGCAGCCACCUUAUACCCCCUGCCUGUGAAGUUUGUCUUUGAUCUGAGCAGUUACUAUACAGCUGUUAUCACAGUUGGUUCUUUUUAACAGCUUCUUUCCUCCCCAUGGUGUAAGUCCCUUGUGAGCAGGGAUCACGCAUUUGCCCUUUUGUGCUCCAUGAAGGGCCUGCACAUUAAGCUGGGCGGAGUAGGCCCUCAUCACCCUGAUAUGAACAGCCCAUCCUGUGAGUACUUACCAGGCCGAGCUGUGGGCCCAGCACUGCAAACAACUUGAUUGGAGUUGGCAGCUGCCAUGAGAGUGGGCAGUCCUCUUGGAAACCAGAUUGUUCAGGGAAAAAGGAUUUUCAUUUUCAGAUGUGCUAUGAAAACAUGGCUUCAUGUUCCUGUGAUGAGUUGAAAGGUAUGGGGUUUUUCACUGUGAAAAUCCUGGUUUAGGGUCUCUGGGUCUUGGGUCUUUGGUGGUGGUGUUGUUAGUUGCCAUCAAGUUGACUUCGACUCAUAGUGACCCCAUGUACAGCAGAAUGAAACGUUGCUUGUCCUUUGUCAUCCUCACAAUUGCCAGCAUGUUCUAGUCUGUUGUGGCAAUUGUGCCAAUCCUUCUCACCAAGGGUCUCUCACACCUUUGUUGACCCUCUAUUUCACCAAACAUGGUGCCUUCCUCUAGCAAUUGAUCCCUCCUCAUGAUAUGUCCAAAGGAAGCAAGUCAGACAAUGUUCUGUUGUGAUCCAUAAGGAUUCCGUUGGCUAAUAUUCAGAAGUAGAUUGUCAGGCCUUUUUCUCCUAGUCUGUCUUAAUAUGGAAGCUCUACUAAAAACUAACCACUGUCUCCUGCCUGGAGGGGAGAUAAGAGGGUGGAGGGGGUUAGAGGCUGGCGAAAUGGAUACGAAAAGAGAGAGUGAAGGGAGAGAGUGGGCUGUCUCGUUAGGGGGAGAGUAAUUGGGAGUGUGUAGCAAGGUGUAUAUGGGUUUUUGUGUGAGAGACUGACUUGAUUUGUAAACUUUCACUUAAAGCACAAUAAAAAUUAUUAACAAACAAACAAACAAACCUAUCCACCAUCAGUGACCUUGCUGGUAUUUGAAAUACUGUGGCAUAGCUUCCAGCAUCACAGCAACAUGCAAGCCAUCUGACAAACUGACAGAUGGGUGGUGGGGGUCUUUGGCAGGGAAACUGUAAGACCUUCUUCAGGGGUCUCAUGGGGACAGUUUCAUAUUGGUAGGGAAGCAGACCUCCCCCUGCAGUUUGAAGAAGGCAUCAGGGGCUCCUGCUUGUUCAGGCCUCUGUGUACACUGUAGGUGAUGCCAUGCUCAAGACAGCUGGUGGGGGACCCCAUGCUCAGGAUGACUGGUGGGGACCCCAUGCUCAAGAUGGCUGGUGGGGGACCCUGUGCUCAAGACAGCUGGUAGGGAACCCCAUGCUCAGGAUGACUGGUGUUGGACCCCAUGCUCAAGAUGGCUGGUGGUGGACCCCAUGCUCAGGAUGGCUGGUGGGGGACCCCAUGCUCAGGAUGGCUGGUGGGGGACCCCAUGCUCAGAAUGACUAGUGGGGGACCCCAUGCUCAAGACAACUGGUGGGAAACCGCAUGCUCAAGAUGGCUAGGGAGCUACAGAGUCACAUGGCAGUAAAUUUCUUAGUAUGAAAACUUGUGUUCAGGUAUUUGCGUUGGUCAAAACUCAGCAAAUAUACACUUAAGAUUUGUGCAUUUGAUUGUAUGUCAAUUUUACAUUAAAGAAGAGUAAACAAAUUUUGACCUCUAAUAAAUGCUCUGCAUACUUCAGUGUUUAGGGGGUCCUGGUGUCUGCAAUUUACUUUGAAGUGCAUAAAAAAUAAGGUGGAGUGAGUCAAACAAUUAUCGUAAAAUGUUAAUGAUAGAACACCAAAGAAACAACAAAAAAAACCCAGUUGUUGUGGAGUCAACUCCAGCUCAUGGUGACCCCGUGUGUGUUCAAGUAGAACUGUGCUCCACAGGGUUUCCAAUGACUGAUUGUUUUUGGACGUAGAUUGCCAAAACUUGCUUCCAAGGUACUUCUGGGUAGACUAGAACCUCCAACCUUAAACACUGAGCCACUCAGGGACUAAUAAUAGAAUAUUGAUUGGUAUACUGGUGUUCAUUGUAUAAAAAUCUUUCAACUUUGCAAUGUGUUUGAAAUUUUUUAUAGUAAGAUGUUGAAAAAAUUGUAUUUGAUUUAAGAAAACAGAGACAGUGCACACUCAUCACAAACAAAAGCAGAAACAUAAAGUAGAAAGUGAAGGUCCUUCUCCCUCCUUGCAUCUGUGGACAGUAAGGUGCAGCCUCCUUGUCUGAGGCCCUCAGUGCAAGAGUGACCUUGGUGACAUAGAUUUGUUCCCACUCGGGGCAGUGGGGUGGGCAAUACUCCUGAUCCCACUCUCACAUUCUAUUUGACUCAAGUGUGAGUGAAUGAACCUGCCCAGUGUCAGGCUGGCAGGUGGGAGAUGGGUUUAUAAACUUUCAGCAGUUUGUAAAAUGUCCACGUUGUGUUAGAAAUGAGGAGGUCAGCAAAAAGAGACAAGUGAUCUGUCAUUGAAAAGUAACGAGACAGAUCUUUCUAAGAGGACAUGUGGUUUCUCCUUGUUCCCCUCCUAGGCACGCUGGAGGAGGCUGUGGGUACCUGCAUUAAGCACGUUUGGUUGUCUACAUCCAGCCCUGUUCUUUUCUUCCUUGUUAACACAACUCCAAUUGUGUUCAAGUGGCAGGGUGUCCCACCGAGAGGAGUGUAUCUGGAGAGGCCUAAGGAGGUCAUGGUAAUUCCAUCCUUCUUUGCCAGUAAUUGUCUAGGGAUGGUCGUGUGACCCAGUUCUCACCAAUGAGACAAAUGGGAAGUCUCGAGGGCUUCUGGGAAGAACUUUACUCUCUAGUAAGAAACAGGUCCAAGGAGAGUAUUGUUUUGGUUUUGGUUUUUGCCUCUUUCUGUUUGGGGUGCUGCCUUGUGAGAAUGUGGUGGAAAGUGUUACUGCAGUAAAGUGGCUAUGAAGUGACAAGUUGGAGACAAAAGUCAGCAAGCCAGGAUGGUAGAUUUGGUGGAGGGUGGGGCUGGAAAAGCAUAGAGAUACCGGCUGACUUGGUUGAGACAUCAAAAUACCCGACUUCCAGACUUUUUGUAAAGAGAACGAAAAUGUCCUGAUGAGUUAAGCCAUAGGUUUUCAAACUUGAGCAUGUAUUGAAAUGUCACAGAAGGCUUGUUAAAGCCCAGUUUGCUGGGCCUACCCUCAGAGUUUCUGAUUCAGCUACUCUGGGAUGAGGCCUGAGAACCUGCUUUCCUGACAAGCUCCCAGGUCAUACUGAUGCUGUCGUUUUGGGGCGCCCACUUUGGAACUACUGGGUUAAGCCAUUACUAGUUUUUUCUGUGGUGGUAGUUGUUGCUUGGAGCUAAAAGCAUCCUAUUUAAUAAAAUGGCUUUGCUUUUUUUUUUCCAGGGAGCAGGUCUCUAAGCCUCUCAAACUCAUUAAAAUAUUUAAGGAAGCCAUCGGAAGCUAAAAGCCAUGAAUCUGCUGUGACUAGAUUCUUGAUUCUGGAUGGCAAUUGGAGAGAAGAAAUAUCAGCGGACUGUGGAAGGUCACCUCUGAUUGGAGGGUGCAGGUCUUCUUGCAGGCAGACAGAGGUGGACCAGUCAGGGCAAGGGCACAGUGCGUUGGAGGGCAGCAGUAAGUGGAGCAGUAUCUGUUGAGAAUUAAAACUGACCAAAAUUUGGUCUAUUUUUUCUUAUCACUAUGUGGUGACAACUGUAAACAAUAUCACUGAUUAAAUUGUGUAUGGGCUGUGGAACUGUGUCUCCCUCUGACACUGAGACAGGGGAGUGACAGACCCAAUUUAGGACCCAUCUGAAUAAUUCAGCAAGGACAACCCUGCCCUUGAGGUUAAGUAGAUGCAGGUGUCAGCGGGGCUCACUUCUCCUCUGUUGGCUAUUCACAGUGGACUCUCUGGGGGAAUUACCUGCUUCUUUAUUUUAAAUUCUCUGUAUACUUAGUCCAUACCUGGUGACCUCUUGUUAAAGACUUAGCUUUGGAGGCCACUGGAUUUGUUUAACUGCUCUGUUAUGGAUUGAGUUAUAAUCCCAAAAAAGUUAUGUUGAAGUCCUAAACCUUGUAUGUAAAUAUGGUCCUGUUUGGUAAUAGGGGUUUGCUUUUGUAUGUUAUUGAGGUGAUAUUAGAGAAGGGUGGGUUCCAAACCUAAUCAUUUCUGAGUGGUAUCUUAUAAAAAGAGCAGAAUAGACAGAGCAACACAUACAUAGGGAGAAGACAGAUGAAUCUACAAGCCUAGAAAUGCCACGGCUUGUAGCAGCUACUAGAAACUGAAAGAGACAAAGAAGGACCUUCCGCUAGAGCCAAUGCCCUGAAUUUGUACUUCUAGCCUCCUGAACUGUGAGAAAAGAAAUUUCUGUUCUUUAAAUCACCCACUUGUGGUAGUUUUUGUUACGGCAACAUUAGGUAACUAAGAAAUGUUCCUGCUGAUAACACCAGCUUAUCCAUCCAUCAUCGAAAACGUACUGGAGUCUUUUUUAUUCCACUGCAUGCCUCCCAGAGAGAACAAAGUUACCAGCAACUUCAUUUAGUAUUGUAUAACUGGCAAGAGGCAGUAUGGUGUAGGAAAGAAAGGACACAGGUACCAACUUGACAGAGCUUCCAGUGGCUAAAUCUGGGAUAAUUUGAGCAAGAAAAUAAUGAUAAUAACUGAUUAUGACCCACAGACUAAACUAAAUAUCUACAAGUACAUACUGAUAUGAACAAAUAAAUAAAUGGGGAGAAGGGACAGCUUCCCUUACAACAAUAUUCCAAUUGUUAAACCUAAAGAGAAUGAGAAGAAUAGAAAAUGACCAUUUGGCAAACAUCAGUUAUUGUUGCAUGCUUGGACCAUGGAUAGGUGCAAAAAUCGGUAGAUGAAAGUAUGAUGCAGGAUAUCUGCAAUAUCUCAAAGCAUCUCCUCACAAGAUACUUCUUAAUAACAAAGAUUAAAUAGUAACCUUGUAGUGGAGAAACCUGGCAGACAUCACCUUAGCCAAGUGAUCAAGGUCAACAUCACCACUAAUGGGCAUAUGAACAUCGUAUGCCCCCUGUAUGAUGCACUGAGAAAGGCACAAGUUUCUCUCUGUAGUAUUCUUGCCAAAAAAUCAUAACCUCCAUCUAAUCCUGAGACAACAUCAGACAGACCCAAACCAAAGGAUAUUUUACAGAAUAACUGGCCAGUAUUUUUCACAAGUAUCUGGGUCAAGAUAGACAAAGACUGAAGAACUAUCCCAUAUUAGAGGCAACUAAUGAGACAGAAAAACUAAAUGUGAUGUGGGAUCCUGGACCAGAUUCUGAAUUCUGGACCAGAACAUGACAUUAAUGGAACAAUUGGCAAAAAUUGAGUAAAAUCAGUAGACUAGUUAAUAACAUCAUUCAUUUCCUGGCUUAGAUUAUUGUACUGUAGUCACAUAAGAUGUUAACAUGAGUGAAGGGUAUACAGGAAGUCUGUACUAUUUUUGCAACCUUUUGAUAAGUCUGAAAUAACUCCAAAAUAAAAAGUAAAAAAACAAAGCGGGCUCUAGAUUCAUUCUAUCUCAAUUCAAGCCUGGCUACACUACCUACUGGUUGUGUGACUUUGGGCAAGUCACUUGUCUUCUUGCCUCAGUUUUCUCAUCUGUAAAAAUGGGAAUAAGAAUAGUACCUACCUCAUAGGGCUGUAACGAGGAUUAAAUGUGUCCAUACGGUGUACAGUGCUAUAUUAUUAUACACAAUUAUCAUAGGAGACUAGCAGCAUCUUUUGCUGAUUUUAGGAUAUUUCUUUCUUUUUUAAUUUUUUAUCCUCAUUGUGCUUCUGGAAGGUUUCAGAUAUAGCCACUUCUCCCUCCAACAGCAGCCAGACAAAGCCAACCCAGUGCCAGAAUCAUGCUUUAAGGACCAUCCACAUUUAAAGGAAUUAGAAUAACUGCCUGCUUGGAAACCCUGAUGGCAUAGUGGUUAUAGAGCUAUGGCUGCUAACCACAAGGUCGGCAGUUUGAGUCCACCAGGUGCUCCUUGGAAACCCAAUGGGGCAGUUCUGCUCUGUCCUAUAGGGUCACUGUGAGUUGGAAUUAACUUGAUGGCAACAGGUUUCUUUCUUUUUUUUUUUUAACCUGCUUGGUUAGGAUUGCUCCCUGGGAGAUACCUGUGUUGGAGACAGAGCUCAUGUCACCAAAGAAUGCCCAGGAUCAGUUUGCCCUGUUCCCAUUAUGUGUCCAGACCUUCUUGGGGUUGUGGGACCAACAGCCCUGAAUGACUUGGGGCGGGGUGUGGAUCUGCCUCACAAUGACCUGUCUGAGGCCCUGCUCCAUGUCACAUUUUAACAUUUGUUUGUUCAAUAAGACUACAGCACACGCACCAGCCCCAAUGCCUGCCAGGGCCUGAUCUUUGAUGUCACAAUCUGGCUGUGGGUAUUAAGCUGGCCACAGCUGCUCACAAACCAGAUGGCAAGUUCAAGAGGACAUGCACAGAAGAUGUGGAAGAGAAUCGACCAUCCACCCAAGAUCAAAGCAGGGAAUGGACCUCAGGCAGGCCAGUUCAAGACGCUGGGAUCAGCUGGGGAAUCUGCCGUGCCACACCCCCUAGAGCUGUCAGAAUUCCAGAGCUUCCCAGUGUUCGAGGACAUUAGCCGUCACAUCAAAGAAGUGGGGGCCCAGCUGGUAAAGAAAGUCAAUGCCAUCUUUCAGCUAGACAUCACCAAAGAUGGGAAGACCAUUCUGCAGUGGACCGUUGACUUAAAGAAUGGUCCUGGGGACAUGUACCUGGGAUCAGCAAGGCUCCCAGCAGACACCAUCUUCACAAUCCCAGAGCCCAUCUUUAUGGAGCUGGUUUUGGGCAAAAUGAACCCACAGAAGGCUUUCCUUGCUGGCAAAUUCAAAGUGAGCGGCAGAGUUCUGCUUGGCCAGAAGCUGGAGAGAGUUUUCAAAGACUGGGCUAAACUUUAAGCACACAAAACUACCAAGGAAAUCAGAACUUCUCUCCAAUUAUGUCAAGCAGAAACCAUGCUUAAACUGAAGAUUAAAACAAAAAAGUAUUCAAUAUUUUUACUCAAAUUCUUCCUAUUCAAGUUUGAUUACUUUUCCUGCUGAUGUGUAAAUUUGCAGUGAGGGUUCUUGAGCAGUAAAGAGUGUUGGAGUUCAUCACCAAAAAUCUUUGUCUUUUUCUUUUUUUUAGCUGUUUUUAUGCCAUUAUUUGCCAGGACGAAAUCCACAUGUAGAGAUUUGGGUGAUAAAAAAAAAAUGACAGCUGGUUUUUUAAUGCUUCAAUGAUUGAGUUCCCGAGAAUUUGUACUUUUGUUUUUUUUAAGCGUGGUGCUUUGGGGGAAAGAAGUGAUGACAACCAUUGUGCAAAUUUGCAUCCCACUUGGUAACCUGGGUUUGCAAGGAGACUUUAAUGCAGGGUGGCUAUGUUCUAAGACAGGGUGGCGCCACAGCUCUGCAUGUGGGACACAGGCAGGAGAGAGAAUGAUGCCCUCAGCAUAUUAUAACUUCUGAUGGAUUUAAUUUAGGAUCCAGGGGAAUCGAAGGGCUCGAGAGAUGUUCUGGGCCUGUAGUUCUUAAACAUGAGCGUGCAUCGGAAUCACCUGGAAGGCUGGUGAAAGCGUGGGUGAUGACUAUGAUUACUCUCUUGUAGACCAAUGAGAUGCUACCACUAUUUAAAGCCUCUCCUGGAGCUAGGUUAGCCCUUUUCAGUGAGCCGGUUCUGAAGCUUCGCUGCUGUUAGGAGCUUGUGCAUCGAGCAUUUUACAAAAUCAAAGGUCAUCCUGGGAGAUAUUCUCUUCUGGGAGCCUGGUCCACACACUGUUUGAGAGGACUAGGAUGAAGCUGGCUGCAGCCUGAUGUGACCUCCUUAUGAGUGAGUAUGUGUCUGUAGUUCCCAUGUGAUCUCUGUGUCCCUUUACCUUGUAGGUUAAAUAUACAAAGUAUGGACACUGUGAAACCCAUGUGACAAUUAUACCAAAAUGGCCAUGCUCAAACACACGCCUACCAUAUGAUCCAGUCAUUGCAUUCUUUGGUUUUUAUCUAAGAGAAAUGAAAGCAGAUAGCCAUGCAAAAAACUUGUAUAUGAAUAUUUAUGGGAGCUGUAUUUGUAACAGCCCUAAACUGGAAAUAAACCAAAGGACCAUCAACAGGUAAAUGGAGGAAUACAUUGCAGUAUGUCCAUACAAUGGAAUACUACUCAACAGUGAAAGGAAUGAACUAUUGAUACACACAGCAACAUGGGUGUCAUGGAUUGAAUUGUGUCCCCCCAGAAUAUGUGUCAACUUGGUUAGGCCCCGAUUUCCAGUAUUGUGUGGUUGUCCUCCAUUUUGUGAUUUUCCUAUGUGUCAUAAAUCAUGGUCUCUGCCUGUGGUUAAAGAGGAGUAGGGUGGGAUGUAACACCUUUGCUCAGGUCACAUCCCUGAUCCAAUGUAAAGGGAGUUUCCCUUUGGUGUGGCCUGCACCACUUUUUAUUUUACAAGAGAUAAACGGAAAGGGAAGCAAGCAGAGAAUUGGGGACCUCAUACCACCAAGAAAGAAGCACGAGGAGCAGAGCGUGGAUUGGGGUUCCUGCGUGGAGAAGCUCCUAGUGCAGGGGAAGAUGGACGAGCAGGACCUCCCUCCAGAGUGGACAGAGAGAGAAAGCUCUUCCCCUGGAGCUGACAGUCUGAAUUUGGUCUUCUAGUCUACUUGCCCAAACCCAGUGCCAUUGAGUCGAUUCGGACUCAUAGUGUGCUAUGAGUCUAGUCUACUAGACUGUGAGAAAAUAAAUUUCUCUUUGUUAAAGCAGCACUAGAUGACUAAGACAGUGGGUGAAUCUGAAAAUAAUUAUGCUGAGCGAAU